AUGGCUACAGCUGCUGAGAACGCCUCACCGAUUGGCAUUGCCAAUCUCCCCAACCAGCGACACAAGAUUGUCGCGAAGCGUGGUGCUAGCUUCACCAUCAUGGUUGCUGGCGAGUCUGGUCUCGGCAAGACUACAUUCAUCAACACCCUCUUCUCCACCACCAUCAAGAACUAUGCCGACCACAAGCGCCGCCACCAGAAGCAGGUUGACAAGACCGUCGAGAUCGAGAUCACCAAGGCCGAGCUCGAGGAGAAGUUCUUCAAGGUCCGACUGACCGUUAUCGACACCCCUGGCUUCGGCGACUAUGUCAACAACCGCGACUCUUGGAUGCCCAUCAUCGAGUUCCUCGACGACCAGCACGAGUCCUACAUGCUUCAGGAGCAGCAGCCUCGUCGCCAGGACAAGAUCGAUCUCCGUGUCCAUGCCUGCCUGUACUUCAUCCGCCCUACCGGCCACACCCUCAAGCCCCUCGACAUUGAGGUCAUGAAGCGCCUUUGCUCGCGCGUCAACCUGAUCCCCGUCAUCGCCAAGGCCGAUACCCUCAGCCCUGCCGACCUGGCCAAGUUCAAGCAGCGAAUUGUCUCUGUCAUUGAGGCCCAGAACAUCAAGAUCUACCAGCCCCCGAUCGAGGAGGACGAUGAGGCCGCUGCUCAGCACGCCCGCAGCCUCAUGGCCGCCAUGCCUUUCGCCGUCAUCGGUUCCGAGAAGGACGUCAAGACUGGCGACGGCCGCAUCGUCAAGGGUCGCCAGUACUCGUGGGGUGUUGCCGAGGUUGAGAACGAGGACCACUGCGACUUCAAGAAGCUCCGCUCCAUCCUGAUCCGAACUCACAUGCUCGACCUCAUCCACACCACUGAGGAGCUGCACUACGAGGCCUACCGCGCCCAGCAGAUGGAGACUCGCAAGUUCGGCGAGGCCCGACCCCGAAAGCUCGACAACCCCAAGUUCAAGGAGGAGGAGGAGGCUCUCCGAAAGCGCUUCACCGAGCAGGUCAAGAUCGAGGAGCAGCGCUUCCGACAAUGGGAGCAGAAGCUCAUCUCGGAGCGCGACCGCCUCAACAAGGAUCUCGAGCAGACCCACGCUCAGAUCAAGCAGCUCGAGGCCGAGCUCGAGUCCAUGCAGGGCAGCGCUGUCCGCAGCCACGGCCGCCGCUAA